AUGAUGUUUGUACCUAUAUUUGAGCUUUUAGUACUCUCUGCUGUUGGGCUAGCCCAAGAUACCGCCGCCCCAGUCCCCACAACUAGUGGGCUCACUCAAGAUGCACCUCAAGUCUCAUCUAGCGGUGUUACGAAUGUACCGCAAGUUUCUGUCCUUCAAGCCUCAUCCACCGUUGCUUUAGUUGUACCCCAAGCUUCUGAUGCGCUUGGAUCCACUACCGGACCUGAGGCCUCUGCUGUACCUGAAAUCUCCGCCGAACCUCUGGUUUCUGCUGCACCUGAAGCCUCUACUGAACCUCAGGCGUCUGAUGCAUCCGAAGCCUCUGGUGUACCCGAAGCCUCUGGUGUACCCGAAGCCUCUGGUGUGCCUGAAAUCUCUGGUGUACCCGAAACCUCUGGUGUGCCUGAAACCUCUGGUGUACCCGAAGCCUCUGCCGUACCUGAGGUCUCUGCCGUACCUGAAGCUUCUGCUGUACCUGAAGCUUCUGCUGUACCCCAGGUUUCUGGUGCACCCCAAGCAACCGCUGUACCGCAAGCGUCUGCCCCUAGCGAAGCUACUGAAGAAUUGCCUGUACCUACCGUCACUCUUGGAAUUGUCGAGGGUGACAUACCCGUUCCGGCUUCUAGCAUCGCUGUGAUCGCUGUGGAGGUACCCGCCGUUUCUGCACCCAGUGAGCCACAGGUUGAGCCUACAGAGGCUGUUAUUCCGGAGGCUACAGCCCCAGAGACUGUUAACCGUGUCGUUUCUCCCCCUAGUGCGCCGCAGGUCCAACCUAGGUUUCCGGAGCCUGCUGUUCUGCCAACACUUCCAGAACCUAUUGACGGGACUAUCGCUCUCCCCCCAUUUUCAGGAGUUGUGGCCGAUUAUCAGUGCCCUAUUGCAAACGGUAACUUCUGUUACUAUAUUGGUAACUUGGUUUCGCCAUAUAUUGUUCGUUGCAACAACGGCAAAGGAUCAAUUGGAAGCUGUAUUGAUGCUUUGGUUACUACCGGUACCGAAGGUCGAUGCCACCAACCAGACCCUAGUUUGUUCAAUGCCAUUUGUGUGAGCAGGACUACUGCCUACCCCGAGGACGGCAGUUUGCCAUUCCCAAUCCCGCCCCUUGACUUCCCGCCAAUUGCAACGAAUAUACCUCUUCCUCUCGUUUCAGCAGUCCCACCAAUUGCUACAAAUGCCACUCCCCCAUCGAAUGGGGCCGUCCCUGAUGAUCCACCUCCAGGACGACCGGGGAAUGGAAACAACAAUAUCAAUAGUAAUACCAACAUCAACAACAACCAAAAUUCUAACGUAAACCAGAAUGGCAACGGUGGUCCUGAUGGUGGGCGACCCGGUGACGGCUUUCCAGACGGCGGACGCCCUGGCGAUGGCGGCCGUCCUGAUGAUGGACGACCCGGUGACGGCUUCCCAGACGGCGGACGCCCUGGCGGCGGUCGUCCUGAAGGUGGACGCCCCGGUGAUGGCUUCCCAGACGGCGGACGCCCUGGCGACGGAUUCCCAGGUGGUGGUGACGGUCGUCCCGACGGCGGAUUUCCAGGCGGCAACGGCAACGUCAAUAGCAAUACCAACACUAACAACAACCAAAACAUUAACACAAACCAGAAUGGCAUUGGUCUUCCUGAUGACAGGCCAGAAGUUGGCCUUGACAAUGGUCCUGGUGUUCUUCCAGGCAGUCCUUCCGAUGGUGAAAUUGGUGGUCCAGGUAAUGGAAACAACAAUCAAAAUACCAACAUAAACCAAAAUACAAAUACCAAUACCAACACGAAUGGAAACACGGCCAGGAGAGAUAUCGAAGCCGGGGUCCCAAAUGUUAUUGCAGAUGUGGAUUUCGAUGAGAUGGAGUUAGAUGAGGAUUUAUACUCAUUGUUAAAGCGUCAUGAGGAGGAGGGCAUCAAGAAGGCUGCGGGUUCUCACCUUGAGUUUAAGACCUACGAGAUGAUUGCUGCUAUUGCGGCAGCCAUGAUGUUGAUGUAA